GCAGUUUAUGAGACAAUAUAUCGAGGCGAAGAUAGUUAGUUACAUUGUUGUUGUUUACGAUACCUCUAUUUGUUGCGCCUAAGGUUUAGAAAAACACAGCAGCGAAAGAUGAUGAAAACUACCUUGUUAUUGGUAGUUUUCACAUUAUUUGUUGUCGUCUAUCAAACAUCAGCCGUUCCUGUGGCCUCCUCUUACAAGAUAGAAAAUGAAAAUGUUAUGGACGUAAUGGAGGCCAAGGAGAAAAGUGAAGAGGCCAGUGACGAUGAAAAGGCCAAAGAUGAUGAGGAAGAAGAGGCGGAUAAGGAGGAAGAAAAAUCUGAUGAAGAGAAAAAAGAAGAUGAUGUGAAAAACGACGACGAAGACGAGAAGGAAGGUGAAGAGAAAAAGGAAGACGAAGAAAAGAAGGAGGAUGAGGAAAAGAAGGAUGACGAUGAGAAGAAGGAAGACAAGGAAGAAGAUGAGGAGGAAGACAAAGAGGAGGAACCUGAUCUCAACGACCAACAGAAUGAUCAAGAGUCAUCUGGGGAAGAAAGUGUAGAUCUUGACUCCGAUCAUCUCGUGCUUCAGGGAAGCGGCAAUGGAAAAAUCAAAGGAGUGGUGAUAGACGAUUCAGACAAAGAAAAGGACAAACCCGAGAAGCGAUCCGUUGAUGAUAGCAAAAAGCCUUCCAAGAGUGCACAAGCUCGGCGUUCAGGAUUUUGUGGAUGCAGCAAUUGUUGCUGUGGCUUUGGAUGCCCGCAUAUUUGCCAUCACUGUUGUGGAGGCUGUGGAUGCGGCUGCUGUGGUUGUGGCGAUUCAAUGACAUUCCCAGUCACAUUUGGAGCAUGCGUCGACAAUCCAUGUUGCCAAUGCUGCAAGAAGCCACCUAAAAAAGGUUUUUGCCAGUGGCCAUGUAUGUGGCCAUGCUGCUGUGAAUGCAAAGUUCCUGAGUUUAAAUUGAAGCCCUUGAAGCCCAAAGCAGUCCCCAAGGAAUGCCAAGAAUGUUGUCAUGGCUGUUGCCACGGUUGCUGCCACGGUUGCUGCCACUGCUGUCACUGUUGCAGAAAACGUGGAGGUGAUUGCAGCAAGCGAUGCUUUGUUCCGCAAGCCAUCACGAGUAUUCAGCCGUUCCCUUAUGUCUUCAAUCCUCUUGUACCAGUAUACUAUGGGGUCCCAUUGGACACAUACUCCCCUUAUUAUUACUUCUGAAGACGGAUGCCCUUGAAAACACUGCGACAACAUGCUGAUGUGGAAUUUAAUAACAAUAAAGAAAACAAAUAAGAGAACUAUUGGACUACGUAGAUUGUUAAAAUUGUAGAUUUAAGAUAAGACAUUUAAAAUAAUUUAGAAUAAAUUACAAUUUCCAAUAAAAAUAAAGUUUUAUGGGGCAUACUUUUGUCGUGUCAAUUGCCGUUAUUUGCUCAAGUAUUUGCUCGAGAGUACAAAGCAUUAAAAGGUAGUUCCGUGUAUUGCAAAAACGAUAAAUUAAAAAGUGGAAUGACUAUUUUAAAAGCAGGUAAUUAAACGCACUUUUAAAUACUCAUCAUGGUGAAAUUAAAUAGCACGUAAUGAAGAUUAAAACGACGCACUUGAAUAUAAAAAAGUUAUGAAUAUCAAUGAAUAAAAAUAUGGCUCUAAAAGUGAUUCAUUUUAAUUCGCAUCGUAGGUGAGGUGUUUCUUUCCAAGUUUGUUUUAUUAUUCCUUUGUCUUUUUUCCUUCUUUCUUGGUCUUUUC